CUCCUCCUCAUCCAUCAUGAUGUCUCUGAAGGACCUUUUCAUCCCUCUCUGGCUGCUCAGUAGGCCAGCUUCAUCGUCCAUCUACAGGAAUGACAGGGGAAAGUGAUUCAGCAGCAGUAAACAUACCUAACUGCUGCCGGAGGGAGGAGACAGAGGAGGAUCGUAUAAAAAGGGAGAAGGCUGUUGGGACUCGGAGCACAAACUGUCCUGGACAUCCAGAGAGAGCAGUGAACAGCUGUGGAUAUACCCCGAACCUGUAGAACUCCAUCCUCACUGGGCCGCUAUGGAGACGAAGACUCAGAUGGCAACAGAGCAGAUGACUGACAUGGAUCUGUCAGAACAAAUCAAAAAGGUGACAAAGGAGAGCCACAUCAGGGCAGAAAACACUGAGCUGAUGAUGAGCUUCCAAAAGGCACAAGUCACUCUGCAACAGUACAAGCUCCUCCUGUGCUCCCUGUACGAGAUCUACCUGGCCCUGGAGGAAGAGCUGGACAGGAACUCCAACCACCCUGGUGUCGCACCUAUUUACUUUCCGGCUGAGCUGGCCAGGCUGGAGGCCAUCGAGAAAGACCUGGAAUACUUCUAUGGCCAGGACUGGAGAGAGAAGAUAGUUGUCCCUGCAGCCACCAAAAGAUACUGCCACAGACUCAGACAAAUUGGUAAAGAAAACCCAGAAUUUCUGCUGGCCCACGCUUACACCCGGUACCUGGGUGACCUGUCCGGAGGGCAGGUCCUGGGCCGAAUCGCCCAGAAGUCCAUGGGGCUGAAGAGCAACGAGGGUCUGUCGUUCUUCGCCUUCCCUGGUGUGACCAGCCCGAACCUGUUCAAACAGCUGUACCGCAGCCGCAUGAACAGCGUGGAGCUGACGGAGGAGGAGAGGAAUGGCGUGCUGGAGGAGGCUGUCAGGGCGUUCGAGUUCAACAUCCAGGUCUUUGACGAUUUACAGAAAAUGCUGAGUGUCACUGAAGACACGUUACAGAAUUGUUCAACACACUCCAAACCAGUUCAGAUGCUCCAGAUCAAUGGGAGCCUUAACAAAACCAUUCCAUUACUCAGGAUGGUCCUGGGACUUUUUGUGGCUCUGGCGACAGUCAGUAUGGGAAUCUAUGCUUUUUAGAGAAGCAGCACAACAAGAAAUACUAUGUAUUUGCUUUAAAGCGUCCAGUGUGAAGGAUUAGGGGGGAUCUACUGGCAGAGAUUCAUUAUUAUGGUUCCAUUAGUUUGUCAACACUUGAUACUAUUUCUGUCUGCAAACUUGCCACUAGAUGACACUAUAUCCUCCACGCUUGACCUUAAAAAGACUGUAAGAGCUUUGAUUUUGUACUGAAAGAUCAUUAAUAACUCUCACCUGAUGCAUUUGUAAGAUUUUAAUGGUUUGUAAUAAAAUACUUUGUAAUAUUUUUGUAAUUUAACAGAGAACCAUUCAUAAUAUGCCUUCAUGAAAGAUGUAAUGAUUUUCUGUCGAACACUGUUCUCCACGGUGCAUUAAAAUGUGCAAUAUGUGUCCCUUCACAACUGUAAAUAUGUUACUUUUAAAUAAAAUCCUGUCAAAAGAAAAUAA